GGCAGCCCAAUGGAUCCAAUGGUCAUGAAGAGACCCCAGCUAUAUGGCAUGGGCAAUAACCCUCACUCCCAGGCGCAGCAGAGCAGCCCCUACCCUGGGCAGUCCUACGGCCCUCCCGGCCCCCAGCGCUACCCAGUGGGGAUGCAGGGACGAGCCCCGGCAGCCAUGGGAGGAAUGCAGUAUCCACAGCAACAGAUACCGCCGCAGUAUGGUCAGCAAGGCGUGAGUGGCUACUGCCAGCAGGGCCAGCAGCCGUACUACAACCAGCAGCCGCAGCACCUGCCGCCCCAGGCACAGUAUCUGUCACAGGCCCAGCAGAGAUACCAGGCCCAGCAGGACAUGUCUCAGGAAGGCUAUGGAACCAGAUCUCAACCCCCUAUGGCCCCAGGAAAGCCUAACCAUGAAGACUUGAACCUAAUCCAGCAAGAACGACCAUCGAGCUUACCAGUUGAAGUCUUGGCCUCCGAGGAUGCUACAUUUGGACACAAGGAUUUGUCUGGAUCCAUUGACGAUUUGCCGACUGGAACUGAAGCAACGCUGAGCUCAGCUGUUAGCGCAUCAGGCUCUACAAGCAGCCAAGGGGAGCAGAGCAACCCUGCACAGUCUCCAUUCUCCCCUCAUGCUUCACCACAUCUCUCUGGCAUCCCCGGGGGCCCAUCGCCUUCCCCUGUAGGCUCUCCUGUUGGAAGCAACCAGUCUAGGUCUGGUCCCAUUUCUCCAGCAAGUAUUCCAGGCAGUCAGAUGCCACCACAGCCUCCUGGCAGCCAGUCAGAAUCCAGCUCCCACCCUGCUUUGAGCCAGUCACCAAUGCCACAGGACCGAGGUUUUAUGGCAGGCAUACAGAGGAACCCCCAAAUGUCACAGUAUGGACCUCAACAAACUGGACCUUCCAUGUCACCACACCCCUCACCUGGUGGCCAAGUGCAUCCUGGAAUUGGUAGCUUUCAGCAGAGUAAUUCAAGUGGUACUUAUGGGCCUCAGAUGAGCCAGUAUGGACCACAAGGAAACUACUCCAGACCACCAACAUACAGUGGUGUGCCCAACACAAGCUACAGUGGCCCUGGACCCGGCAUGGGUAUAAAUGCCAACAGCCAGAUGCAUGGACAGGGGCCAAGCCAGCCCUGUGGUACCAUGCCCCUCGGACGGAUGCCAUCAACUGGGAUGCAGAGCAGACCAUUUCCUGGAAACAUGAGCAGUAUGACCCCCAACUCUCCUGGCAUGUCUCAGCAGGGAGGCCCCGGGAUGGGCCCACCCAUGCCAACUGUGAACCGUAAGGCACAGGAGGCGGCUGCUGCAGUGAUGCAGGCUGCUGCAAACUCCGCUCAGAGCAGGCAAGGCAAUUUUCCUGCCAUGAAUCAGAGUGGUAUUAUGGGUUCCAGCUCCCCCUACACUCAGCCAAUGAACAACAGCUCAGGCUUGAUGAACCCACAGGCUCCUCCAUACAGCAUGGCGCCUAACAUGGUGAACAGUUCAACAGGUAAUGCACCUAUGGGUCUUGCAGAUAUGAUGACACCUGGUGAGUCCAAACUACCCCUUCCUCUCAAAGCAGAUGGCAAAGAAGAAGGAGCCCCUCAACCUGAGAGCAAAUCAAAGGAUAGCUACAGCUCUCAGGGUAUUUCUCAGCCCCCAACCCCAGGCAACCUGCCAGUCCCUUCCCCAAUGUCCCCAAGCUCUGCUAGCAUCUCCUCAUUUCAUGGAGAUGAAAGUGAUAGCAUUAGCAGCCCAGGCUGGCCAAAGACUCCAUCAAGCCCUAAAUCAAGUUCCUCUACCACAACUGGAGAGAAGAUCACGAAAGUCUAUGAACUUGGCAAUGAACCAGAGCGCAAGAUGUGGGUAGACCGGUAUCUCACAUUCAUGGAGGAGAGGGGCACCCCUGUGGCCAGUCUGCCAGCUGUGGGCAAGAAGCCCUUGGACCUGUUCAGGCUGUAUGUCUGCGUCAAAGAGAUUGGAGGUUUAGCACAGGUUAAUAAAAACAAGAAGUGGCGCGAGCUUGCAACAACAUUGAACGUUGGCACUUCGAGCAGUGCAGCCAGCUCCCUGAAAAAACAGUACAUUCAGUACCUGUUUGCCUUCGAGUGCAAGAUAGAGCGAGGGGAGGAGCCCCCUCCAGAAGUCUUCAGCACUGGAGAUACUAAGAAACAACCUAAGAUUCAGCCGCCAUCUCCUGCUAAUUCUGGUUCCUUGCAAGGCCCACAGACUCCACAGUCUACUGGCAGUAAUUCCAUGACAGAAGUGCCAGGCGAUUUGAAGCCUCCAACACCAGCAUCAACACCUCAUGGACAGAUGACACCUAUGCAGGGUGGCAGAAACAGCGCAGUUAGUGUGCAUGAUCCCUUUUCUGAUGUAAGUGAUUCAGCAUUCCCGAAGCGAAACUCCAUGACGCCAAAUGCACCGUACCAGCAGGGAAUAAACAUGCCAGAUAUGAUGGGAAGGAUGCCAUACGAGCCGAAUAAAGAUCCUUUUGGUGGAAUGAGAAAAGUGCCUGGAAGCAACGAGCCUUUCAUGACCCCUGGACAAAUGCCUAACAGUGGAAUACAGGAAAUGUAUAACCAGAAUCCAUCUGGAGCCAUGUCCAACAUGAGCAUGAGCCAGCGACAGCAGUUCUCUUAUGGAAGUGGCUAUGACAGGAGGUCGGAUCAUGGGCUGGGUCCUGAAGGCAGUAUGGGACCACCUGGUCAAAGCAACAUGGUGCCUUCAAACAGUGACCCAAGCAUGUACUCUCCUAAUCGUUACCCUGGCCAGCAAAGGCAUGAACCAUAUGGGCAGCAGUAUCCAGGACAAGGACCUCCCUCAGGACAGCCACCGUAUGGAGGACAUCAACCUGGAAUGUAUCCACAGCAGCAGAACUACAAGCGACACAUGGACGGCAUGUAUGGGCCUCCAGCCAAGCGCCAUGAAGGGGAUAUGUAUAACAUGCAGUAUGGCAACCAGCAACAAGAAAUGUAUAACCAGUACAGCAAUGCUUACUCUGGGCCUGAUAGGAGGCCUAUGCAGGGACAGUAUCCGUAUCCGUAUAACAGGGAGAGGAUGCAGGGCCCAGGACAAAUGCAGCAGCAUGGAAUACCUCCCCAAAUGAUUGGUGGCCCCAUGCAGUCAUCAUCCUCCACUGAAGGUCCUCAGCAGAACAUGUGGCCAACACGAAAUGAUAUGCCUUACCCUUACCAGAAUAGGCAAGGUCCAGGAGGCCCUGCACAGGCCCCACCGUAUCCAGGGAUGAAUCGCACUGAUGAUAUGAUGGUACCUGACCAGAGGAUAAACCACGAGAGUCAGUGGCCUUCUCAUGUCAACCAACGUCAGCCUUCUUAUAUGUCAUCCUCAGCCUCCAUGCAGCCUAUCACUCGGCCUCCUCAGUCAUCCUACCAGACACCACCCUCUAUGCCAAAUCACAUCUCUAGAGCUCCGAGUCCAGCAUCCUUCCAGCGCUCUUUGGAAAACCGUAUGUCUCCAAGCAAGUCUCCUUUCCUACCCUCCAUGAAGAUGCAAAAGGUUAUACCCACAGUUCCAGUGUCACAGGUCACAGGACCUCCACCCCAACCACCACCGAUUAGGCGAGAAAUCACCUUCCCCCCAGGCUCCGUAGAAGCAUCGCAACCAGUCUUAAAACCAAGACGAAAGAUUACCUCAAAAGAUAUUGUAACUCCUGAGGCCUGGAGAGUGAUGAUGUCUCUUAAAUCUGGUCUUUUGGCUGAAAGUACCUGGGCGCUAGACACUAUUAAUAUUCUUCUAUAUGAUGAUAGCACUGUCGCUACGUUCAACCUCUCUCAGUUGUCUGGAUUUCUUGAGCUUUUAGUAGAAUAUUUUAGAAAAUGCCUGAUUGACAUUUUUGGAAUCCUUAUGGAAUAUGAAGUGGGAGAUCCAGGUCACAAAGCACUUGAUCACAAAUCAGCCAAGAAAGAUGAUAGCCAGUCCUUGGCAGAGGCUACUGGAAAAGAGGAGAACGACGAAUGUAUUGACUGUUUCGAUGAAGAGGAGGAGGAGGGGGAUGAUGAAAACGUAGAAGGAGAAGAAAAGAGCAUUGUUUUUUCCACUCCUGGUGCCAUUGCUGAUCCAAGCGAAAGGCCAAAACAAGCCAGUAAAUUUGACAAGCUGCCAAUAAAGAUUGUAAAGAAAAAUAAUCUAUUUGUUGUUGAUCGAUCUGACAAACUUGGACGUGUGCAGGAAUUUGAUAGUGGACUUCUCCACUGGCAGCUUGGUGGUGGUGACACAACUGAGCAUAUCCAGACUCACUUCGAAAGCAAGAUGGAGAUUCCUCCACGCAGGAAAGCCCCUCCUCCCUCAAACUCUCCAAGCAAAAAGAAAGACCUCGAGGGGAAAGGUGAAUUUGAGGAACAACAAGAAAAAAGUAUAACGGCAACCAUUGAUGAUGUCCUCUCAGCUCGGCCAGGAGCAUUGCCAGAAGACUCAAACUCUGGUUCCCAAACAGAGAGCAGUAAAUUUCCCUUUGGGAUCCAUCAAGCCAAAAGCCACCGGAAUAUUAAACUGCUAGAGGAUGAGCCAAGGAGCCGGGAUGAGACUCCUCUAUGCACCAUAACUCACUGGCAAGACUCCUUGGCCAAACGUUGCAUCUGUGUGUCAAACAUCGUCCGUAGCUUGUCUUUUGUGCCUGGCAACGACACCGAAAUGUCCAAACAUCCAGGCUUGGUGCUGAUCCUGGGAAAGCUGAUCCUUCUUCACCAUGAGCAUCCAGAAAGAAAGCGAGCGCCGCAGACUUAUGAGAAGGAGGAAGAGGAGGACAAAGGGGUGGCCUGCAGCAAGGAUGAGUGGUGGUGGGACUGCCUCGAGGUCUUGAGGGAUAAUACAUUGGUCACAUUAGCCAACAUUUCUGGGCAGCUAGACUUGUCUGCUUACACAGAAAGCAUCUGUUUGCCAAUUUUGGAUGGCUUGCUGCACUGGAUGGUGUGCCCAUCUGCAGAGGCACAGGAUCCUUUUCCAACCGUGGGGCCCAACUCAGUUCUUUCGCCUCAGAGACUUGUGCUGGAGACCCUGUGUAAGCUCAGUAUCCAGGACAAUAAUGUGGACCUUAUCUUGGCCACCCCCCCAUUCAGUCGUCAGGAGAAACUCUACGCUACUUUAGUUAGGUACGUUGGAGACCGCAAAAACCCGGUCUGCCGAGAAAUGUCCAUGGCGCUCUUAUCGAACCUUGCCCAGGGGGACACAUUAGCAGCAAGGGCAAUAGCUGUGCAGAAGGGAAGCAUCGGAAACUUGAUAAGCUUCCUGGAGGAUGGGGUCACUAUGGCCCAGUACCAGCAGAGCCAGCAUAACCUCAUGCACAUGCAGCCUCCGCCUCUGGAGCCACCUAGCGUAGACAUGAUGUGCAGGGCAGCCAAGGCCUUGCUGGCCAUGGCUAGAGUGGACGAGAACCGCUCAGAGUUCCUUUUGCACGAGGGUCGUUUGCUGGAUAUCUCAAUAUCUGCUGUCCUGAACUCUCUGGUUGCAUCUGUCAUCUGUGAUGUACUUUUUCAGAUUGGGCAGUUAUGACAUAAGUGAGAAGCCAAGCAUGUGUGAGUGGAGAUUAGAGGGUCACAUAUAACUGGCUGUUUUCUGUUCUUGUUUAUCCAACGUAGGAAGAAGGUUAAAAAAAAAAAAAAAAAGAAUCUUUGCUCCUCUGCCCCAUUCACUAUUUACCAAUUGGGAUUUAAAGAAAUUAUUAAUUUGAACAGUUACGAAAUUAAUAUUUGCUGUCUAUGUGUAUAAGUACAUCUUUUUAUUUUAUUUUUUUUUAACCAAAGUUGCUGUCUAGUACAUUCAAAGGUCACACUUUUUUUUUUUUUUUUUUUUUUUCCAUAGAUUAUCCUUUUCAAUGUUCUUUUCCAUGUUUGUAUUGCAUAUUUUUUGGGAAGCGAACUAGUGACUUUUAAAAAAAAAUGUUACAGCAAACCAUUGUAUGAUGGAAAGAAUCUCACCACUUUGAAACAAAAAGGUGAAAAGUAACCAACGUACCAAGUUCCUGUGUGUUUUAUUUUUUCAAAUAAGGAAAAAAUUUAAAAAAACUUGUAUACCAUCACCCAAAGCUCUGUGCAAUAGAAGAUUCUAGUGAUGUAGGUGUAGGGGAUCAAGGAGGGUGUCAGUCAGUAGUCAGAAUACAAAACGAUACUGGUUUCUCCUCUGGAGAAAUGGUAACAUUAGGCUAGGAGCAAAACAAAACAAAAAGUUCAAGUUGAAAGAUUUUGAAACAAAACCUAAUGAUAAACAUCAAUUGCUUCCUCACCAGAACUGUCUUGUCUACAUCUGGUUUUUUUUUUUUGACCUUCCACAAUGACAGUUCUUCACAAUUCCUUUAAUCAUUUUUUAAAAUAUUUUUUUAUUGCCUAAGGGCCGUGAUGUAUAUAGAAGUUGUACAUUAAACAUACCCUCUUUUUUUUUUUUUUUUUUUUUUUUUUUUAAGUACGAAGUUUUUUGUUUCUUUUUCAUGAUGUGGUAUCUACAAGGUGAUAGUAGAAUUAUUUUUCUUUCAUUUGGGCCAUAUCUCCAAAAAAUAAUUAAAAAAAAAAAAAAGAAAAAAAGAAAAACCCAACACAGAAAAUCAACAACUGAGGGUAAUGUACAAGUUUCUGUAUGUAUAAAGUCAUGCUCUAUUUCGGGAGAGCAGCCGAUCACAAUUUGCUUUAUAAAUCAAGGUGUGGAAAUGGUUACGUAUGGAUUGAUUUAAGAAAAUGGUUACCAGUCUACAGACAAAAAAAUAUAUACAGGAAAAAAAGGAAGAAACACAACUUCAAAGAUUUUUCAGUGACAAGAAUCUGCAUUUGUAUUUCAAGAUAAUGUAGUUAAAAAAGAAAAAACUUGAUGUAAAUUCCUCCUUUUCCUCUGGCUUAAUGAAUUUCAUUUAUUCAGUAUAAAAUCUUUAUAUGUUCCACAUGUUAAGAAUAAAUGUACAUUAAAUCUUGUUAA